AUGUCAGGAGUUACAUGCUGUCUCAGAUUCCCAGGUCAAUUGAACUCUGACUUGAGAAAAUUGGCAGUCAACUUGAUCCCAUUCCCAAGACUCCACUUCUUCAUGAUUGGAUUUGCUCCCCUCACAUCCAGAGGAUCUCAAUAAUACAGAGCUCUUACAGUCCCAGAAUUGACAUAAUAAAUGUUCGAUGCCAAGAACAUGAUGUGUGCUGCUGAUCCAAGACACGGAAGAUAUUUGACAGCCUCAGCUCUCUUCAGAGGAAGAAUGUCCACAAAGGAAGUCGACGAAUAAAUGCUCAAUGUUUAAAAUAAGAACUCAUCUUACUUCGUUGAAUGGAUUCCCAACAACAUCAAAUCAUCCAUCUGUGAUAUCCCACCAAAGGGUUUGAAGAUGGCAGUUACAUUUGUUGGAAACUCCACUGCUAUCUAAGAAAUGUUCAAGAGAGUCGCUGAACAAUUCACUGCCAUGUUUAGAAGAAAGGCCUUCUUACAUUGGUACACUGGUGAAGGUAUGGACGAGAUGGAAUUCACUGAAGCUGAAUCCAACAUGAAUGACUUAGUCUCUGAAUAUCAAUAAUAUCAAGAUGCUACUGCUGAAGAAGAAGGAGAAUUCGAAGAAGAAGGCGAAUAAUGAUAAUCUUAGUGAUGUUUAUCACAAAAUAUAUAAAUUACAAACAACCUAAAUUUUUAUUU